GGUUCGGGGGGUUCGAACGAACCGCCCACUUUGCCAAUGAAGUCCCACCUACAACUCCCGCGAGAUAUAGAACUGCGAGGUGAAGACGACGUUCACGCUGUCCUGGCUUGGAAGGCAACACGGUGGAUUCAAACGGUUUCUGUGCUGGAUACCAACCUUGAUGGGUAGGUGCAAGCAGACAUCAUACAUGCACAUACAAUGGUGUCUGAGAUCCAAUGUGUGUACACAUCUCUGAGGGAAGAUGUCAGGGAGUCAUUCCAACUGGUCUAUGACCAAGCUGUGCGUAUGGCUGACAAAGUGGGUGUGACACCAUGCAAGCCCCGCAUCACAAAGCGUCAGCAGCACCGGAGCAACAUUCCAUCUGAAGAUGUGUUCAGUCACUACAGGCUGAACCUUGCCAUUCCAUUCCUUGAACACAUCAUAACAAACCUGGAAGCUCAAUUUUCUUCCCUGUCUGCCACAGCUAGCUCCUUGUUGGGACUAGUGCCAUCUGUGAUAUGCAAUCGUCAUCUCGACACCACAGAGAUUGUGAGCAUGUAUGCCGAAGACCUACCCAGUCCAGAACUUGUUGACCAAGAGAUUACAAGGUGGAAGUUGAAGUAUGGCAGAGUGCCUGGGUCACAGAGGCCGAACACCCCUGCAGGUUCCAUUAAAGAGUGUGACCGAGACCUGUACCCCAACCUGCAUGUCCUACUUCAACUGGCCUGCACACUCCCUGUCACCUCCUGCGAGUGUGAGCGCAGUGCCAGUGCCCUUCGUCGACUGAACAGCUACAUGCGGGCAUCAAUGGGGAAGGAGCGUCUCUCAUCACUGGCACUACUUCACAUUCACUACAGCAAACACAUUGACCUUGACAGAGUUGUUGAUGUGUUUGCAAACAAACACUCGAGGAGGAUGGAGCUGGACUCACUUGUCUAUCCAGAGAUAUAAGAUGUUGGACAAAACUGUCUUAUGCAUUGUAAAAAAAAAAAGGUUUUGCAAAACUACAUUUGUCUUGAGAAAUUUUAAUCUUACUCUAUAGUGUCAUUUUUUUAUGUGUAGAUGUGGAUUGUAUUGUAUUUUUCAAUUCAUUAAUUUCAUUCAUAAAAAACAAUGUCUAACAAAGCAAAGUAAAAAGAUGAGUUAUUUUUGCAA